UUUAAACCGGCUCUCGUGCGCCGCGCGGUUAGACCGGGUACCGACCGCUUUCAAGCGGCUGUGAACUGCUUAUAUACAAACGGGACUUUUAAGUUUAAAAGCUGAAGUAAAACUUUUUAAAAAACGGCUCACGUCUCUUUUACGUGCGGAGCGAGGAUGAAGGAGCUCCUGAGGGAGAAGUCGAGCUGACAGGGGAGAAGACGAACCGCCACCGCUGGCUCUGGUGAGCUGAUGUCUGCGCAUAUUUCCAGAGAAACGGGAUUAGUAACGCUGAAAAGAUAAGGGAAAAUACUCAUAGUGAUGGUGGACGCACUCGCCGUCGCUCUUUCACUCGGUUUUCGGGGUGUUUUAGAUGUUUUAGACGCGGUGCGGAGAGACGACCGUUAAGCGGAGGGUUUGGACCGCCUGCUUUAGCUAGCAAAUAACGGCUAACGAGCCGCAGCGGCGGUACUGGCUUCCAGAGACGCAAUGAACUCGCUGCUGUUCGGGGACGGUCUGCCGUCGGCCGCCGCGAUGCUCUCGGCCCUACACGGCGGCGGCGCCACGGGCGGCAGUCCCGGACCUCCAGCGGCCGCCUUGAGGAACGACCUGGGCUCCAACAUCCACGUCCUGAAGACGCUGAACCUGCGCUUCCGCUGCUUCCUCGCCAAAGUCCACGAGUUGGAGCGGCGGAACAAGCUGCUGGAGAGCCAGCUGCAGCAAGCCGCCGAGCGGGCCAGGUACCACAGCCUGUUCGCCCGAGACGUCGCGGUGCAGACAGACUCUCCGCAGGAGUCCCGGCUGCCCGGCACUAUUUGGAGCUUCACGCACGUGUGGAGGUCCGGAGAGCGCGUACAGACCGUUCACGGGCCCGGUGUGUCCUGGACCCACCCGGACGGAGUCGGGGUGCAGAUUGACACCAUAACGCCAGAGCUCCGAGCCCUGUACAACGUACUGGCCAAAGUGAAGAGAGAGAGGGACGAGUACAAGAGAAAAUGGGAAGAGGAGCUGUCCAGACGAGAGCAGAUGGAGUCGAUGGUGGAGACGCUACAGGAGACUGUGCAGGAGUCAGAGGCUGUUCAGGAAGAGCUGAAGAACAAAGUGGAGAGAUUAAAGGCAGAGCUGGUCGUCUUCAAGAGCCUCAUGAGUGAUCAAAUGUCUGAACUGGACUCCAAGAUCCAGGAGAAAGCCAUGAAAGUAGACAUGGACAUCUGCAGGAGGAUCGACAUCACAGCAAAACUCUGUGACGUGGCACAGCAGAGAAACUCAGAAGACAUGUCUAAAAUGUUCAACGUCAGUCCAUCCAGGGCCCCAGCGGGGGCUGUGGCCUGCAGGAGGAAGGAGAAGAAGGUUGUGUCAGAUGAGGAAAGCUCCGAAAUGGAUGCAGAUCCCAGCACCUCAGAGGAAGAAGUGCCUGGAUCUCUCAACAUUACAGACGAGAUGAAGAGGAUGCUCAAUCAACUACAUUGCUCAGAUAACUCAUUUGUUGCCAGGCGGGAGACUUUUGACAUAGACGACGACUGCGACAGUUUGACAUGGGAAGAGAACGAAGAAACGUUGCUGCUAUGGGAAGACUUCACCAACUACAACGUGCCCUUCUCCAUCAACAACACAGCCAAUGGCCCAGACUGCAACGGAGGCAGCCAGGAAGCGGUUUCACAGGAAGGCAGUCUGGGCAGCCUUAUCGACGAGACUGAGUCUCUUUUCAAGGCCAGAGAGCAGGAGUAUCAGGCAACUAUUGGCCAGAUUGAGAUGGAGCUGGCUACAGCUAAGAGUGAUAUGAACAGGCAUCUGCAUGAGUACAUGGAGAUGUGCAGUAUGAAGAGAGGGCUGGACGUGCAGAUGGAGACAUGCAGGAGAAUGAUCAAGGGGGGCAGGAACUCUCCGUCCUUCAGCUCAGUGGCGAGCAGUGACUCAGGGAACACUGAUGAGAUUCAGGAUGAGUCGGACAAGGACGGAGACACAGAGGGGCCAAUCAGCUGAUAUCGGCCGAGCUUGGCCCCACCCCUCCCCUCACUGAGCUCCAGUCAGCUCCAGGGCCACUCAGCAUUCGGCCAGUGAUUCUGAGCAGUCCAAAGGAGCACUGUGGGACAGAUCCCAUUUCUGAGAAUACUGUAGGUGCUUUAAAAAAGUCUCCAUUUCUUUGGGGGGAUGAAACGUGAAGAGGGCUGUUCCUGUGCUCAUUUAGCGUAUUUUUUGAAAGGGUCACGCAGCGUCACGGCUGUGCUUUCUUCCUCCGUCUGCUGAGGCUCCACGCUUACCUCAUAGGGUACCCAUCAAUCAAACCAACCUAACCAAUCACAAUCAUCAUUCACAGCAGUGUCACCAUAGACUAGCCAAAAAUAUAUCAAGCCAAAUUCACUAAGAGACGAUCAAUAUCUGUAGCAAGAAACGACAGCAUUUUACAGGGAAUAUAACACAUAAAGAGCCAUUCGUCUGAAUAUCCAGCAUGUGUUUGAAUAUUCAUUAGGAAAAGAUGCCAGGCUGUAUUUUCUGCAUUUUGUACAAUUCACCUUUUUUCAUAUGGUGUUUAUUUUGAUCAUUACUUCACAUCCAGGGUGGGAAAAGGCUAAUUAUUGUGCAUUCAGGCUCUGCCUAUAAUUAGAGGAAGGCUUUAAGAUAAUGUCAUUUACAGACAUUAUUGCUGCUAUCAAAAACAAAUUGGGUAGUAGUUGUCUUUGAAGAGGAACCUGUUCUCUGUUGCAUGUUCAUGUUGUUAAUAUUAGCUAGCAGUCAACAGAAAUUAACUGGGUUGAAAUUUACUUUAAUAUUACCAUCUACUGUAUUUGUACAGUGGUAUUAGAUUGCUUUCCAUGGCAGACUGUUCGUUUCUCUUCUUGGUCAUGAUGAAAAUGGUGCUGACAUCCGAACUCUGCCAGUUUGUGUUGCGUCAAAAAUAACUGCAUAACAAACUGAAUCAUCUGACUUCAAAGUGGCGCCUCCUAGUGUAAAACAAAGAGCCCUUAAAAGCAGCAUAAUGUUGAUGAUCAUGCAAAAAAGUUGCAUCUCCACUUUUGUCGUUUUUUCUUUUCUUUCUGUUUGAGAAGUCUAGUUGCCCUUUGCAUUGUGUUUCACAAAUUUCACAACUUUACCGGACCAACUGAAACGGCUCAAAAUGACUUGGAAAAUUACUUCAUUUUACAUUAGAUUUUGUUUAGAUAUUGGCGUUGUGAUACAGUGACUGAAGUGUCACUGAUAUAUUUACCACUAUUGCUUGCUUGCUGUACUGUUUCCCCAUGAUAUCAGUUAAUGUGCUGGUUGGUGAUAUGAUGGGCCAAGAGAUUCCACAAACUUAGCUUUAUGGUAUUUGAAAGACAGUCCGAGGAACAGUCGAAGAAAGUGUUAAAAGUCUUGUCCAAGGACUGUUAUUGACAUAGCGUCGGGUUCUUGCCCAGACAGGUGAUUGAACUCCAGUCUACACAGCACGGCAAGCAGACAACAGCACACUAUAGCAACCACUUUUUGACAGUUUUGGUCCCACAUGAUGGGAAUUGUUGGGAGUUGAAUACACACUACAAUUUUCCCAGAUCUCAAGACAGGAAAGGGUUAAGUGUGAACACAAGCCAGAGUUUAAAUACCAGUAAGACUGAUAUGGCUUGAGAACUAACUUGGUAAAGUUACCAAAAGUUUGCCAGUUAUUUUAUGACAUUUUUGUAUUUUUUAUUUGUACUUAAAUGUACUUGUAUUCACAAUAACUUAAUGAGGAGGUACACCAUAAUUUCCCUUUUCCCACCCUUUGUGUGUUGUAAUAAGCAAUAAUUGCACAGUGCGAAUAAUACUCGGAGGGGUUGUGUGACAGCUUUAUUGUCCUCCUGCAGCCUGUCAUCACUGAUGGAAGCCCAGUGGCGUGCGUGGAACGUAGCACAGCUCAUGCUAUAUCUCAGUUCUAUGCAAUCGGGUAGCCUUAUUUCAGGACCGAUGUUUGUUGUCUGUAUCGUUAUUUGCCUUUGUUUGCUGGGCAGACUUGUCUCUCUCUGUCAUACGGUGUUGCUCACUGUCGUACCUGUUCCGCUGUGGACAGAAAACGGCAAGGCCUGCUGUGUUUACAAGCCCAAAAGGGGAAGUUGUGGAGCGAUGGAUUCCCGCCUUUUUUCAAGAGCACUCUGCUAACACGUUCAGACCGUUCCGGUUUCCACAUCCAGUAUUUUAAAUCGAAAUUACAAAUUCCACAGAGCUAUGUGCCUGAACUUCUGACGGGACUUUUUUUGAUGGCCUUAUUGUAUUCGCAUUGCUUUUUAGAAAACUGCACUCUACGUGAAAGCGCUGAUCAUUUUUUCUCAGUUAUUUUUGUUUUUGUCGUAUUGUUUUUGAGGACUUCUACAAUAACGAAGCUGCCCUUGUUGUGUUUUGAGCAGCUGUAAAUGAUUUCAGGUAGGAAUUUUGAUUGUAAAAUGGACAUGGGUUACAGUCGUUGUUAUGGAUUGCCAGUAUACAUGACUGCAGAUAUAUUCAUCAUGAUUUCUUUGGUUUCAUUCGUCAUCAGACCAGCAAAUCUACAGCAAAACUACAACACAGCAUACGCCAACAUGAUCUUACCACAGCUCUCAUUUGGCCAGCAGGGGUCACUGCUCCAUAAAGAUUCACUGUUCCAACUAUGUGACUUGGCUUAAAAUAGCCGUUAUAAUUUUUCUUGUCACACCUGAGUGGCCUUUCUGUUUAUCUUGCUGUUUGUAAUUCCUCUUGCUUUGUAUUUUGGGAAUUGUUAUGCUGUUUAUUUGUUUCUUAUUUUGUAUUUACUCAUAUAAAUCUUGUUUUUGAUUUUGUUUUUUGUUUUUUUAAUGACUUUGAACAUGUUAUAGAUGAUGAGUCCAUGUAACCUUAAAAGGGAAUUCCCUUUUUUCAGAAUUUUUGCAUGAUUUACUGGUUGGGAUGUAAACAGUCAUUCAGAGUGGUUUGAUGUGAAAAUGAUCAAUUUCCAUUGAUGUCUACAGCACAGAUGUAAUCAUUAUAUUUCCUAUCCAGAAUGAACAGUUUUAUAUGUAAAACAGUGGUUAACCAAAAAUAUCUGGGGGUUUUUGGUGAUUUUGCCUUAAAUUGCCCUGCAUGUUCUUCCAUAAAUGGCCUUUACAUUUUAGGCCAAAACUGUAUCUUGAAGCUGUCAUUAAGGAAGCUUUUAGAGGCAUUAAACUCUUCAAAUGUCUGGUUCCCAUCAUUUCCACUGUGAAAAAUUCUGAUUUGGUAAGUUUCUCCAGAGCAGAAAAUUUCACAUUAAACCACUCUGAAUGACCAUAUUUACAUUUUAAUUCAUUAUUUAGGCAAAAUUUUUAAAAAAUCUGGUGAAUUCCUCUUAAAUAACUAAACUGGUUUGAAAAAAGUUGCACAAAACAGCUGCAUACAUUCACAAUCAGUGACUCUUCAAACCUGUAACCCCUUCAAAACGAAUCCACUUUGAUUAUAAUGCUGUAUAAAGAUCUAUAUGGGCUUUCCCGGUGUAUCCGAGAUCGAUGACCUGCUUGAGAAUUUUGUAAAGUUCCCUUUUUUAUAACGUUCAGGGUAAGCAGGUUUUGAUUGUGAUGCUUUUCUCUGGAAAAUGAAACAUGCACUAACAGAAUUGCCUUUUAGCCUAAAACACUGACAGUGUUUCAUUUGAAACAGACCCAAUCACACAAAUCAGACUGUCUGUAUUUUGUUUCUGAGUUGUUUUAAGAUCUAUUAGAGAGACUUUGUACUUAUUAAAGAUCUUUUCAUGUAAUGACUCAGCACAAGGUAGCGUGAGCUGUGGGUUGCAGCAUAAUGGAUGUAUUUAAUCAUUGCAGUGAAAGUGAAAUGUGAAAGAGCCGCCAGCAAGUUUGUCCAGUCUAACUACCCGUUAGACUCCGUAAGACCCCUGGGUGGUCAUAAAUACUUUAAAAGCAUUUAGGAAAGAUUAUGAAGAUGUUAGCACUGGACCUCAGAGCACAGGUUUGGAAUGCUUUUUAUUGUGGAGAUUGAGUUAUAUGUGUUCUUUGGAUGGGACUCACUAGUUGAGUCUAUAUGUAUUUAUAUGGAUGUACUAUAACUGGGAUUGGAAUGUACGGACUAUAAAUGUAAAGGGAUGGCUAAUAAAAGUUACUUGUACAGAACAUGAAAGUCUAGGAAAGGAUCAGAUUAGAGGUGCACGAUGAUAUCAGAAUCAUAUUGGAUUGAUGCUUUGAUUUGAACUAAUAUUUGAUGAAGCUUUUAUUGAGAUUAUUCAGAUUACUGCACUAAAAUUAGAGGGUUUUGUUCGCUUCAUUGCAUUUUACUGCACUCUACAAAUAAAUUUCACAUUUCUCUGCAUUGCAGAUCCAAGCAGAUAUAGGAUUUAGUCACAUUUACCACAUUUUACAAAUGCAUAUCGUUGGUGUCAGAAGAAAACCUUGUACCUCCAUUUUUGACUUUUUUCAGUUUUUGGCAUAAUAUGAAAAAAACUGUCGCGCUUUACAUUGUGUGUAAAUGUCAUGAUGAAUAGACUAAAAGAAACGGCCCAAAAUGACUUGGAAAAAAAGUCUGGUUCCAUUGACUUACAUUAAAAGCAAAGUAGGUUUUUUUCCUUCUCGUGUAAAGUUACUAUUUUGGAGAUAUUUUUCUUCUGACUACAGCAGUAUAUUUUAGCAUCAUCAACAGAUACAUACGUGGAAGACAUCAGGUAUCGGCAUCGGCCCAAAAUCCCCAUAUUGGUGCACCCCUAAUCAAACUAUCUGUAAUAUUUUCACGAGAUCUUUACUUUUACUCCUUAACAUCACAUACUCUACCAUUUAAAACUUAGGCCCUAUCAUGAUACCUCACUCACUCAGUAUAAUGGUCAUGCAGAGCCUCACCUACAAAUACCCUUUUCUUUAUGUAUGUAAUCCAGCCAUCUAACGGAUCUUUGUUUGAGCUUUCCUUCAUUCUGUUAGACUGUGUUUUUGUCAUUGCUUUACAGAACAAACUUUACAGUCUAUUAUUGCCUCACUGCACUGCAUAACAUGUCUUCUGGUAUGUAUGACCUUUUGUUUGUGGACUGUUUAGAACAAAUACUAAGUCAGAAGUCAUUAUGCAUCAAGCAUUAAACAAUCUGGAUAGAGCUCUGAUUGGGCCUAGUCUGGCAGACCCUGUUAGUGUAAUAAUAGAAAUACUGUUCAUGCAAACAGGGAUUUGUUUUGCAUACUUUUCCAGUAAUGGGAAUUAUGUUUAACAUUUCAUUACAUUAAUUUCAACAUUUGCAGCACAGCCAUAAGCUUCUUUGGUAGAAUGUCUUCCAGUGUAAAUGAUGUUCUAAAUGCUCAUAAUGAUUUUCUUUCUUUUUUAGUGUCUUGAAAUGCACAUGUAUAUUUGAAAAUGUGCUCUUUUUUGGCCAUUGUCAAAAUAUUUGUUAAAGAUUCAGAUACUUUUGGCGUGCGGGUUGUAUGUACAGAUGUUUCAAAAUGAUGAAUGUGAUUGGUGCUGGGGUAAAAAAAAAUAAUAAAAAAUUAUUAAUUUC